CAGUAUUUACUUAUCACAUGGACGAAAUGUGGACUUUGAGUUUGACCAUCCCGGGUGUAUAUCAAGCCAAAUAUCUUGUCAUCUCAUCUCUUACAUUUGGAUCUACAUAUGCAGUCAGAAACUAUUAAGUAUGGCCUCUGAAACUCCGACAACGCGCAAAGAUGUCAUCAUCAUCGGAGCUGGUAUUUCAGGUCUUGUGACGGCAAAGUGCUUGAAAGAUGACGGGUUGAAUGUUGUUGUGCUUGAGAGGACCGGUGAAGUGGGAGGCUUGUGGACUUUCCGAGAGAACGACUAUGGUGUCAUGAGGUUUACGCACAUCAAUGUGUCCAAGUACAACUACAGCUUCUCUGACUUCCCCUUCCCCGACGAUGUCCCAGACUACCCCCACAACAUCGAUAUGGCAAAGUACAUCGCCGACUACACCACCCAUUUCAAGCUGGAAGACAACAUCCAGUUUAAUACGAAGGUCCUGUCUAUGGAAAAGAAAGGUGAUGAGUGGGUGGUGGAGACGUGUUCCGUGGAGGAAGAUGGUAAGGCCGGCCUGGACACAAACAUCAAGACAGUGUUCACGGCACCCUACCUGGCCGUCGCGAGCGGACAUCACGCCAAGCCAACAUGGGGCCGCUUCAAGGGGGAGGAAACAUUCCCAGGUGAAAGGAUUCACAGUGUGGACUUCAAUGAUGCUAUCAGCAACGGCUACACCGGCAAGCGGGUCCUCAUUGUCGGCAUCGGCAACAGCGCCGUGGACGCUGCAGUCAACUGUGCCACAGUAGGAAGGUGUAAGUCAGUCUACAUCAGCACCCGCUCCGGGUGUUGGGUCAUCCCAAACUACAUCUUCGGCUUUCCUACAGAUCUUUAUGCAUGCAGAGCUUUUUUCUUGUUGCCAUGGAGAUGGGCAAAUAUGGUCCUGGAGACAGUUAUUAAACUGGUGUCCGGCAACCCAAAAAAGUGGAACCUAAACCCAAAGAUGAGAGCCAUGCAGACCCAGCCGACAGUGAGCCCUACCCUUGUCCACCACAUACAGAGGAAGGAGAUCACUGUCGUGCCAAAUAUACUGAGAAUCGAAGGUGAGAAGGUGUAUUUUGUGAAUGGGGAGUCUGCCGAGUUUGACAAGAUCCUGUACUGCACGGGCUACAGCAUCGACCUGCUGUACCUCCCGGACAGUGUGAAGGACAAGGUCGUCGUUGACAACAGCAACGAAUUGAAGUUGUUCAAGAACGUGUUCAGCCCCGAUAUCGGCAAGUCCCUGGCUUUCAUCGGCUUUGUCCAGCCGGCUUCUGGUGGGGUGCUGACGAUGUCCGAGACACAAGCUCGCUGGUUCUCCGAGGUGAUCAAGGGGAGGGUCAAGCUGCCCUCCAACUUUCAGAUGGAGCAAGACAUCACCAGAGAAAAGAGGAUAUAUUCUGAGAGAUGGUACAAGACGGCGCGACACACCAUCCAGAAGGACCCUAUACUCUACAACGAUGAGGUGGCCUCCUUCUUUGGGGCCAAGCCAGAAAUAUGGAGGCACCCCCUCCUUGCAUGGAGGUUGUUGUUCAGUUCAUGCGGCGCCUCCCAGUGGCGUCUUCAGGGUCCCCACGCGUGGAGCGGGGCAGAGGAGUUGGUGCGGAAGACGCCCAUGACCGACAUGAUGAACUUCACAGGCUUCGUCCUUGUGGUAGUCGUCGGUGUCUUCAUGUUGAUGGCUCUCUGCUGCAUGUGUAAAGUCACCGCCUGCCUCUUCUGAACAAACUCUGUUAUAAAUGUUGUAUCAGUCAGGGUAUAAAUUGAAACCUUGUUAACUCAAAGUCACAAGGUCAUCGUUGUCUGUGCCUGAAUGUUUAAGUGUACGAGCAAGAACUUUAGUCUUUAUCAGCAGGUAUUGCCCUUAACAUAUACAGUAUUAUUAGCUGGGCUUAUUGUUUACCACCCAGAAUUGACGUUUCUGUUAUUUCUAGCAAAGUUUAGCCAAAGGCUAUUAUUAGCUUAACUAAUAGUCUACCACCCACAAUUGACUUUUCUGUCAUUUUUAGCCUUAACAUGUAGACUAUUAUUAGCAGAGCUAUUUGUCUUCAAUCAAGACGUUUUUUUGUAAUUAUUAGCAAAGUUUGGCCUUAACAUGGGACUAUUAUUAGCUGAGCAGAUUAAACAUCCUACUUGAGUCAUGUUUCUAACAAGUGGCUGAGGUCAUUGACUGCUGUUGAAUGUGUGUUGAGAGAGCCAUCACUGAACCAAGCGGAAUAGUGAUGUUAUUCCAUAUGGUGCAGAUACAAAAUACUGCCGUAAUCCUCAUGUUACUUUGUGGUACAAAUGAUGAAGAGAAGAUAGUGUUCACCACUCUUUAUUGGCUGAGUCCUUCGUAACAUUAAAUAUGUUCCGUGCUCAGCCGCUAACUCUCUGCAACACAGAAAUUCUCACACAUUUGACCAUCGCGGGUCACUCAAGCUCAUCGCAGGAGCUCUCAAAACACAACAGGGAGUCAUCAUUAUUUUGGAAACCAAUACAUAUACCAAAACGGCUUGAUCAAACCGGCAAACUAAAAUAUGUCUUUCGUGGCAUAAAUGAAAUUAAAUAUUAGUUAUUUUACAUUCAAAUGUCAUUUCAACCACUUUGUUAUCAUAUAUUGAGGUAGCGGAGAUUGAAGUAAGAAGGUUUCUCUUAAUUCAGUGAAGGAGUAUUGUCUGCCAAUAUAUUGCCAGAUAUUGCCUACUGAGUUACACAGUGUGAAUCAGGAUACAUGGGCAUUGGGGUACGUAUCAAAAUACGCUCAAUGCUAUGAUUUAUUGAUUUUAUUUAUUGAACCUGGGAAUUAGAAGUCCUGGGCCAGUACCACUUGGCCAAUACCACAAAUGUAUUUUACAAUAUUAUAUAUAUAAAUGUGACUCCUUAGGCUAAAAAAAAAAAUUGUCUUGGUUCUCAGGCCCUGCCCACAUUAUCAUAAAGUUUAUUGCACAUUUCGUUUUUGUUUCCAUUUUUUUUUUUUUUUGUGCAUUGUGUUUAAGUAUUAGGAUUUUUAUAAUUUUUUGAAAAUGGAAAUAAAAACAAAAUGUGCGGCAAAACUAUUCUGUCUCGAACAUGUAUGUACCAUAUUCGACAUAAUAAGAGCCCAGGGCACUCUCAAAAUUAGAAAUAGGGGUCUCUUAUUAGACUAUUAUUUUCAUGGGAGACACAGAGAUAAAUUUCGUGGUUUAUGCUGACAGCCUGAAAUGUUUAUAAAGAAUUUAAUUGCCCACAAUUAAGGGUGCAUAUUA